AUGGACACUCUGAGAGUAGCCCGUGUGGAGAAUGUCAUCCUCGAACAAUUCGUUCCGCCAUCAACGACAGAUGGUCAACCUAAACGUGAUCGAAACACCGGGACACUACACCUUACUCCACAUCAUUUGAUAUUCUCCCAAACGAGUCCUUCACGUAAACCGACUGAAGAUCCAAAUCAACAUCAUCAUCAACAACAGCAGCAGCAAAUUGAAACUUGGAUACCCUAUCCAUCCAUCACUUUAUUAACUAGAUUACCUCAAUCUAUAUCUGGUUUAUACCCACUAAGAAUUGAGACUAAAUAUUUCGACAAUUACGUUCUGCUGUUUGAGAAAGAUCGUGAUGGAGGCUCGGAAGAUGUUUGGCAAAGUGUUAAAGAUUGUGCGGUCAAGAAUUCGGUAGAACAACUACAUGCCUUCUUCUACCAUUCAACAACUAGACCUAAACAACCCAACCCCCAAUCUGACGCUAGCUCAUCAUCAGCAUCAGCAUCAGCAUCAGCAUCAACAUCGUCAAAUCCACCUUCUAAUGGAUGGUCAAUAUAUAAUCCUAGAAAUGAAUUUACAAGACAAGGUUUAGGAAGUGAUAAAAACAAAUCAUGGAGAUUGACAGAUAUCAAUAGAGAAUAUCAAUUAUCUCAAACUUAUCCAAAUAAAUUAGUCGCCCCUACUAGAAUAUCAGAUUCAACUUUGAGUUACGCAAGUAAAUAUAGAAGUAAAGGUAGAAUACCAGCUUUGAGUUAUCUUCAUUGGGCUAAUAAGGCAUCCAUAACACGGUCGUCUCAACCUAUGGUCGGAUUGAAAAACUCUCGUUCAGCGCAAGACGAGCGACUGGUCGAAUGUAUCUUCUCCACUCACCUAUACCCCGAAGCAGCAUAUUCGUCACCGGUGUACGGAGCCACAACCACGAACCUGAUCAUCGAUGCACGCCCUACGACCAACGCAAUGGCAAAUGUAGCUAUGGGAGCCGGAACUGAGAAUAUGGAAAAUUACAAACUUGGUAAAAAAGCAUAUUUGGGUAUAGAUAACAUUCACGUCAUGCGUAAUAGCUUGAAAAUAAUAAUAGAAGCUAUACGAGAGACUGAAUCCAAACCAUCUGGAAUAUUAGAUCGAACAUUACUAAGAAAAUCAAAUUGGUUAAAACACAUCUCAACAAUAUUAGACGGAUCAUUGAUCAUAAUUCGAAAUAUCCAUUUGAACGCUUCACAUGUUUUGAUACAUUGUUCAGAUGGAUGGGAUAGGACCGCUCAAUUGAGCGCCGUAUCUCAAGUUUGUCUAGAUCCAUACUAUAGAACGAUAGAAGGAUUCAACGUGUUGAUAGAAAAAGAUUUUUUGUCUUUUGGACAUAAAUUCUUAGAUAGAUCAGGUCAUUUAUCAUCCGAAAAGAUAUUUGUCCUGACUGAAAAUAACGAACAAGAUUCAGAUGAAGAUGAAGGAGGAGCUGGUGCAGGUGCAGGUGCAUCAAGAGCCGCACAAGCAUUCUUCGCAACUGUUCAAAAAACUUUAUCAUCAUCUUCUUCAACUUCACAUUUAAAGGAAGUUUCACCUGUCUUUCAUCAAUUCUUGGAUUGUACAAGACAGAUACAAAGACAAUAUCCUGAAAGAUUCCAAUUCAACGAACAAUAUUUAUUGGACAUUUACUACCAUUUAUAUUCUUGCCAAUUCGGUACUUUUAUCUUCAACAAUGAACGUGAACGUCAAUCAUACCUCACGAAAACAGCUUCUGUCUGGGAUCACCUGAACGGAAACAAAUCAAAUUACUUGAAUGAAACGUAUGAUCCUAAAAUUGAUAAAGAAAAUGAUGAUCAAGGUGUGUUAUUAUUCGAUCCUAAGAAUGUCAAAUUUUGGUUCAGAUUGUUUAGAAGAGGUGAUGAAGAGAUGAAUGGAUCGACGAUUGUCUUAUCACAGGCUCAAGGUGUUGAUUCAAUUGGACCUAUAACGUCAACUGAAGAUGAUCCAAUCAGUAUACCGAACGGAUUAGCAAGAGCUGUCUCACCUCCUAUCAACGUUGACAGUCCUGCCAAACGACAGGUCGGUCUAGGCUUACCCGCCUCUGGAUCAGGAUGGAAUUGGUCGGGCGCGUUCAAUGUCGUUCAAUCAGCAGGUAGACAAAUCAAAACAAUCUCUCAAGAUGCAAUUAAUCAAUUGAAAGCUGAAGCUGGAGAAGUCGAAGAUUUCAAUUCCAAUAAUAAUGAUCCUUGGAAUAAUAACCUCAAAGAAAACAAAACAUCUCAACUGUCAGCAAAUGAUCCCUUGAUAUCAACAAUAACACCACAGCAACAACCAAAUGAUUUGGGAAGAAAAGAAUAUAAACCUUAUAUACCAAAGACGAAUUUCCGUAUACCAUCAGAGACGAAUCCUUGGUCAUCAUCCAACUUUAAUGAGACAAUAACGAAACCUACGACUUCUAGAAUAAACAGCAAUCCAUGGUCAACAGCAGAUCGAUCUGUACCUGAUCCAAAUGCAAUACCUGAUCCAAAGCCCAGGUCAACAGACACCUUCUCACCCUCUUUAUCCAACCUGUCAUUGAAAGACAAACCGAAGACCUCUUCGGUACCUUCUGCACUCGCCAACGAUGAUGAUGAGCUGAUAAGAGCGGCAAUGGGUGAAGACAAGAAAGCUUGGGAUCCAUUAGGUGCUUUAUAG